UGGCGCACAUCAGAGCCAAAGAUAAAGCAGCAGCUCAGUGCGUCGAGCGGAGAGAUGGAGGGAGAGCUGACCGGCGGUGAGCUCUUCUAAAGCGGACAGGACAUCAGCUGAAGAGGGAAUAACAAUGUAUGAGCCUGAAUAGACCACAUCCCCAGAGGAAAACCAGGACCACAACCAGCGUCAUGAAACCAGUCCUGCAUUGAGCCUCUCCUCGGUGGGUUGGCAUGGCCCAGUGAUGAACGGAGCGGUGGUGCCCGGUAGCCCGGAGCUCUCCUCCUCGUGUCCACUGCCUGACUGGCGAGAGUUCUGUGAGCUCCAUGCCCGAGCCUCCGCUGCAGAUUUUGCCGACAAGUUCCAGCGCUUCCUGUCAGAGAACCCAUGCUACGACUCACCCGGUGCUGAUGCCAGCUUCUCACAGCACUUUGCCCACCACUUCCUGGAGUGCUUCUCUGCAGCACUGACCCAGGCCCGGGAGAACCAGGCAUCUUCACCUGGGGAGGACGGCUCAAACGCUGCACCUAAAUACAGCAUUGUUCCUUUCCUGGGAAUCCAGGGCUGUCCCCUGUCCUACGGUCAGGACCUCUAUCAGAGGCGCAAGGACGCUGGGGCUUCAAGUGAAUCCCUGGACAGUAUGGACAGCGGAGGGGCAGGGAUAGAUGUGGGAGGCAGUGGCACCGCUGCCUCUCGAGGCCCCCAGCCGACCCACAAGGUGUCUGCUUUGGGACAGUCCCGCAGUUCAGAGGAUGUGUCGGUCAGUCACCCCAAGGCUCGAUUCAAGAAGGGCUUCUCCCUCCGGAAUAUGAGCCUGUGUGUGGUGGAUGGGGUGAAGGAGAUGUGGCACCGACGGGCCUCCCCUGAACCAGACGCUCCCUCUGGAACCAGAAAGGCUAAUGGGGGAGGAGGAGAGGCAGCAGCAGGAGAGAAGUGGUCCCAAAAGUUACGCCUUCCCAGGGGUUCUCAGGGCCACAAGGCAGAACUUCUGGAAAUCCAGAGAGAGGGAGCACUGAGGUAUAUGGUGGCUGAUGACACAAACUGUAUGGGUGCUGCGCAGUGGCAGAAAUGUCGCCUUUUACUGAGGAAGACAAAGAGAGAUGAAGGCGGGGAGAAGUUCCUGUUGGAGUUCUACGUACCACCCAAGUCGUCAAAGCCCAAGGUGAGCAUCCCUCUGUCGGCGAUUGUGGAGGUGAGGACCACCAUGCCACUGGAGAUGCCCGACAAAGAUAACACAUUUGUCCUUAAGGUGGAAAACGGGGGUGAGUACAUCCUGGAAACCAUCGACUCGCUGCAGAAAAACUCCUGGGUUGCUGACAUCCAGGACUGCAUAGACCCCGGUGACAGUGGUGAUGACAUCGAGCUGGCGUCGUGUCCUCAUGGUCAGGCCUCCAAAGACUGCUCCAUGGUGGCCUCUUGCAGCUGUGAGCUGCUGUCUGAGGGGAUCUAUCGUGCUCCAGAAAGGUCAUGUCCUACAGCAGCAGAGCAUUACAGCGCAACCUCAGUACGCUGCAGGGAACCCCCUUUCACCCAGCACCCAUCCCACAUGCCUUUAGAGCGCUUCCUUCAGUCCCCAGAGGCACAGGGCUCCAACCCAGCCACAGGUGGCAGCGAAGGGGCCAAAGACUCAGAUGGUGACGCCAGCCUGGCAGGUUACCCAUGGUUCCAUGGUACUCUAUCCCGUGUGCGUGCAGCUCAGCUGGUGCUUGCAGGCGGAGCCAGGAGCCAUGGCCUUUUUGUGAUACGUCAGAGUGAGACACGGCCAGGCGAGUACGUCCUCACCUUCAACUUCCAGGGAAAAGCCAAGCAUUUGCGGUUGUCAGUGAAUGAAAACGGGCAGUGCCACGUCCACCACUUGUGGUUUCAUACCGUGUCGGACAUGUUGAGACACUUCCAUGCCCACCCCAUCCCCCUUGAAUCUGGAGGCUCUGCCGACAUCACACUACGCUCCUAUGUACAAGUGCAGCGGAGCUCCAACACAGAUGUGACUGUGCCUCCAGUCGUCACUCCACCCAGAGAUGGAGGCUGCCGGACAGACUCAGCCCAGCCGGCUCUCCUCCCUUCUGGGAUCACAGCAGCUGCAGGGCCUCCUCCUGACGCCCCACUCUCCUCGAGCACCUCCUCAUCACCCACUGCCCUUCCCUCCCUGUCCCGCAGUGACCCAGGUACAGGAGGAGGUUUACAGAGCAGGAGCAACAGCUCAGAGCGCCUGCUGGAGGCCUCUAGUGGUGCAUCCGAGGACUACCACGAUGCUGAUGGGACUCGCAGGGCUCGAGCAGUGGAGAACCAAUACUCUUUCUACUAAACAUCCUGGGCUGGUUUUCAUUCGGAGGCUCUGAUUGCAUGAGAUGCAAAAAAGCUGGAGCUUAGAGGUGACAUGGGAGGUUCUGCUGAUGAUGAAACCGGUCCAAAUCACCGAAUCACCCCUCAAUUGGUUUGUUUGAUUUUGUUUCAAGGGAAUAUCCUGUUUCUCUCUUGGGAGAAUGGGGGUGAGCUCAUGCCAUGCAGAUAAAUCCCUCAGGCUUUGUCACAGCAUUUCACACUCUGUCAGUCUGUCAGGUGAACAUUCAGGUAGAAAAAGGUUGGGAUGAAGUGAGAGAUGUAGAAAGAGCAGCAUAAAAAGCAAAAGGAAGUCAUCUAGCUGAGCCAUAUGGCUUUGAUUCACCUCAACCAACCACUUCCUGUUCAUUCUUACCCACAGUUCCCUGGGAGCACAGCCUGUGUCACCACCCUGAUGAAGGAUCAAGAGCUAAAAUGACCCUCAAGACACAGUCCCUCCCUUCAGAGCUGCUCUGAGCUCCCAAGAGCAUCCCAUUAAUGUUUAUAAAGCUGCUUUGAGUCUUUCCCGGAUAUCCUUACUGUCCCUUCGGGGCUUCCCUACAAAGUCCUGCUCUGGGUUUGCUCUACACUAACAGCAGUACAGCAAUCGUGAGUUAGUGUUAGUUUGGAGCUGUUUUUCUUAAACGUGUACAGUCCUAGUGCCUGACAACUCCCUUGGACUUGAAAGGACUAUAGCGAUCAGAAAGCUAUUGUCAAUGACAAUGAGGAGAAAGCUGACAUAAUCACAACAACACAAGCAUCAAAUGCAGGUGAUUAUUUUAUCGUCCGUUUCUGCUUAGAAUACAACGAAUAUGCUGAAAUUGUUUGGUUCUCACAGUUUUAUUGAUGGCUGCAACGUAAAAACAGGUGGUCAUAGACUGUGUUGAAAACCAGUGUGAAAUGGAAGACAAAAGUGUGUUUAGUCUGUAUGAAUAUGACAGGGUGGUACCCAUUUUGCUGUCAUACUGGGGUAUUUGUAUGAGUGUGUGGUGGUGUAUUAGAGUCCAAAUAUUUUUCAAUGAUUGGUGUGCUACAGUAGUGUUUCUAAAACAUGGUUUUCGAGGUCCCUCCGUCUGGUGCUGGUUCUGUACUCGAGCUCAUCAUAUCAAUAACCUGUAGAUUAGAGAUGCUGUUAAUAUAAGAGUUCACUUUGAAGUAAUGCCUUGAAGAUAUUAUUAUACCAAAUCCAGCAUUUAUCGGAGGGACUUGGGACUUUGUUUUUUAGAAAGAUGGUAGUAUUGUUUACUGUUUGUGCAGUGUGGUGAGGACUGGAGGGUACAGGCAGUAACAUAGAAGGAACCAAAUGGUCAUGCUUGAAUGGAAAGAUGUGGCAUUAGUGCUUUUUUUUAUAGAGAUUUUUGGGCUUUAGCUCAUUAGGUUAAAAUGAACACCAAGUUGUUUGUUUGUUUUUUUUAUCAUACCUUACAAUAAGAACUGACAUCAUGGUUUUAGAUCUUCAUAAGACACCAAAACCACGAUGAAGUAUCCUCUCACAGCAUGUUAAAAACACUUUAAAAUCUUAGAAUCCAAAAGCAGAAAUAUCAUUGCUACACAUAUGCAACACUUUUAUUUAGUUGAGAUAAACAUAUCAAGAAGCUCCAUCUGUCUCUUCAAGCAUGGCCAUUUUAACCUAGAUGGUAAAUUUAUGAUUUCAGUCGAAGAGCAGGCGGAGCAGUUCAUGUGCCAAUCUGAAUCCUAUUUUUGAAACAUAUUUAUUCCUCAGCCGUUGUAAAUGACAUUUUUCCUAUUGAGUCUUAUUUAUGUACAAUUGAUUGAUUCUUGUUUAUGAAGCAUCCUCAGUGGAACCCAUCUGUUGCAAGAGCCCAUCUCACAUAUCACAGAUUGCUUGUGUCUCUUUUAUUUUCUUAAACCUUCUUAAGGCUGAUUUUCUGUUGUCUGACUGAGUUUUGAAGAGUCUGUGCAAUUUUGUACAAAGUGAUGUACUUGACAUACUACUUUAUAUUUCUGUGAAUAAAAUGUGAACAAAC